AUGCAAUCCCAAGUACAAGCCAAACAAGGCGCCCUCUUCAAAGAUGGCCAACUUAUUCUUCAACCCGCCCCGACACAGGACCCACGAGAUCCUCUCAACCUUCCUCUGCCACGGAAGCUCUUAGGGAUGUCUUGUCUUUGCUGCUUCGGCGCACUGGCUGCGGCCGCUGAGCUGAUUUUAGGAGCCAUGUUGCCCGUCUUCGCUCUCGAGUACACCGGGAUUGACCCCAAGAUUAUCAAGGGAUUAACGGAUGCUGGUGGCCUUCCGGCGAACACUGACCCUUUAGCGAUUCUAUCAAGUUUCCCUGGAGCGCCACCCAUUCUGCACAUCUACCUGUUGGCCUCUCUCCCGGUACUGGUGAUCGGAUUAUCGAGUUUAGUACUGGUUCCCAUGGCUAUCUCAACCGGUCGUCGCCCCGUCGUAUUGGUCACCGGUAUCUUGGCUGUGAUCGGAGCUGUUUGGGCUGGCAACAGUCGAUCCCUACUCUCGCACUUGCUCGCUCGCUGUGUCCAAGCUGUUGGGGCCGGGAGUGUGGAGAGCCUGAUUCCGUUCAUUGUUCAAGACAUGGUCUUCGUUCAUCAGCGCAACCUAUGGAUAUCCGCCGUCUUCGCGGCCCAAGGUCUCAUUAUCAUCAUCCUGGGUAUUACAGCUCCAUAUGUUAUCAUCUAUUUGAGCUGGCGCUGGAUGUAUUUUAUUACAGCUAUUGGAUCAUUCUUUUUCCUUAUCGGUGUUGUCUUCUUUAUGCCGGAAACUCGGUGGGAGCGGACGCGUGCCGAGAGGAAUGGGGUUCCCCGAGAUGAAAUCGGCUUUGAAAAAGCUCCAAGGACCUUCGAGUACAACAUUGCCUUUUACCAUGGCAAGAUGGAAUGGCGUAAGGGUUGGAACGCCUUUCUCGACACCCUGCGUACCUUCUUUUACCCACAUAUCUUCUUCAUCACUAUGCUUAACAGCGUGAUGAUUGCUUGCGCAUUUGCUGCUGGAUAUACUAUUGCUCCCGCUCUUCUCACAGCACCUUGGUUAUGGAGAUUUCUAAACCUCGGUUUCUGUCUUCUACCGAUCCUUUUCGCCGCAGUCGCAGUGGUCUUUAUCACUGGAAGUGCUGCUGACUGGCUUGCAAAUUACAUCGCUAAGAGGCGCGGAGUUCGUGUGCCAGAAAACCAGUUGAUCAAUCUGAUCAUUCCAACUGUGUCAGGCCUUGUAGGUUCCGUGAUCUUCGGCCUGGCUGGUUCCAAUCAAGCCCAGUACUCUUAUUUUGUAUUCCUCGCUGGCCUCGGCCUAAUGGCUUUCGGUUUCUUGGGAGCUAAUUCGAUUGGCGCGGUCUAUGUCCUGGAGUGUUACCCUCAUCUUGCAGGGCCAGCUCUAGUGAACAUCGCUUCAUUCAGAGCUUUGUUAGCAUUCGUGCUCUCUUUCAAGAUCUCGGAUUGGGUUGUUCAAAUGGGCUACUUCGGAGCUAUGAUGAUCUAUACGGGACUUAUUGGCGCAUUUGCUAUUUCCCUACCGAUCGUCUAUGUCUACGGCCCGGCUUGGAGAAGCAGAUGGCCUGCCGAGCAUUUCGGCGACAAAUGA